GUAAACAAAAAUCGGUAUAAAAAUAGGCACAAAAAGUGUUUCAUUCAAUUGCCAGUUUUUAGUCGAGAGAAUUUUCUAAAGAUGGCAGCUCUUUCUUGGCUUCUACUCAGCUUUUGUGCUGCUGCAGCUUUUUGCAGCGAACCCAUGGAAAAUUCAGGCAUGUUUGAAGGUGACAUGAUCCUUACUGAGGAGCAGAAGCAAGAUUUCCUUUACGGUUCUCCCAACUACCAGAUUCCACUUGCAGCCACAAAGACAAACUUGUGGCCUACCACGAUUCCAUACAGUAUGGACUCUUCUAUUGCUUCGUCGUCAACGGCUAUGUCAGCAAUCAACGCAGCAAUUGCCGACUACCAGAGGCUAACCUGUUUGAGGUUCGUGAGAAGAACCAACGAACCUGGCUAUCUCCACUUUUACAAGGGAGGAGGAUGCUCUUCGCCUGUUGGCUACUACCGCAGAGCAAACAGAAUUUCUUUGGCUUCUGGAUGUUGGUACAAAGGCAUCGUUAUGCAUGAGAUUGCACACAGUCUAGGGUUUUACCACGAGCAAAGUAGGCCAGACAGAGAUAAUUACGUCACUAUUCUUUGGAACAACAUUGCCAGUGGAAUGGAAUACAACUUCAGAAAACAGUCAUCCUCAAACAUUGACAGCAUGAACGUUCCUUAUGACUACCUAAGUGUUAUGCACUAUGGUAAAACUGCAUUUGGAUCUGGCAAGAUUACCAUUCAGACCAAAGAUGCCUCCAAGCAAAAUUUGAUUGGUAACAGACGAGGAUUCAGUCAGUACGAUGUCAAGCAGAUGAAUCUCCUCUACUGCUCAGGUGGAGGAGGUGCUACCACUCGAGCACCAGCAACUACACAAUCCCCAGCAACUACAUCAAGCAGUGGCUGCAAGGACAAUUACAUCAGUAGUUGUCCAGUAUGGGGACGAAAUGGAUUAUGUACCAAUGACCGAUACAAAUCAUGGAUGGCAAGGAACUGCAAGCAGACAUGUGGUCUUUGUGGAACUGCAACUACCGCUGCUCCUACCCAGCCACCAACAACUGCUGCAUCUUGCAGUGACAAGUACACUGGUUGUGUAAAAUGGAAACAGGCUGGAUAUUGUACGGACAGCAGAUACAAAAGAUUUAUGGAGAUGAACUGCAAGAAAAGUUGUAACAAAUGCGCAGCGUGCAAAGACAAGUACAGCCAAUGUGUUUCAUGGAAGAGAGCUGGAUAUUGUACAAAUGAUAUAUACAAGACGUGGAUGGGCAGAAACUGCAUGAAAUCGUGUGGAAAAUGCGGUGGUGCCACAACAGCACCACCAACAACUGCAAGCACAGCGCCCCCAACAACCGCUCCAGCGUGCAAAGACAAGUACGGCAACUGUGGUACAUGGAAGAGAGCUGGAUAUUGUACAAAUAAAAGAUACAAGACGUGGAUGGGCAGAAACUGCAUGAAAUCGUGUGGAAAAUGCGGUGGUGGAUCAGCUACAACAGCCACACCAACUAAAGGACCAACUCAAGGACCAUCUCGAGGAUCUUGUGGUAAACCAGAAGUAGCACAGAGCAGGGUGAUUGCUGGCAUAAAUGCAAACAAAGGAUCAUGGCCUUGGCAAAUCCUCAUGUUAUAUAAUGGAAGGACAAUGUGUGGUGGCUCUAUAAUUGCUCCACAAUGGGUCGUUACUGCGGCUCACUGUGUAUCUGGUCGGGAGUCCAGUGCGCGCUACUUCAAAGUCAGAGUUGGAGAGCAUAUUACGUCAACAACAAGCGAUGGACAACACACCGAUAUGCAGGUUGAAAAAAUCAUUUCCCACCCAAGCUACUCAAGAAGCACAAUCAAUAACGAUAUUGCAGUGAUGAAACUCUCCUCACCAAUUAAAUUUGGAAAAUACGUGAAGCCAGUAUGUUUGCCUGGACAAGACCAGAAUGUCCCAGUUGGAACUGAUUGUUUCAUCACAGGAUGGGGAAAAAUACAGCAUCCUGGCAACAUGCACCACACUUUGCAGCAAGGAAAAAUGCCUGUUGUUUCCAAUCAAGCAUGCACCAAUCUCAACACAAAGAACUUGGGACUUGGGAUCACUGACAAGAUGGUUUGUGCUGGUCACGGAGGAACAACUCGUGUGAGUGGAUGCCAUGGUGACAGCGGUGGACCAUUUGUUUGCCAAACUGGAGCCAAUGGCUCUUGGGUUCUCCAUGGUGCUGUGAGCUGGGGAUCUGGACGCUGUGAUGCAACACAGGGCUAUACUGUUUUUGCCAGGGUUGCAAAAUUCAGAAGCUGGAUCGAUCAACAGAUGUCAACAUAUUAAGAAACUGUUGUGCAUUAGAUUCUGUUAGCUACUUUUACCUAUUUCAAGAUGAACAGUCUUGA